ACUGUUUCCCGUCCUCUUAACCUUUUCACUUCUUCGUACUUGGUUCUCGAUCUUGAAAUCAGUUCCUUCUUCUAUUAUUACUUCUUGAUUUUUUGCGCAUCAUUGAUCAGACGCAGUCCACUAUCUUUCUUGGCUACCAAAAACCAAUUGUUUCGUUGGCCUUUAGUAUAGGAACUAAUCUACUCUACCAAGCGGUGUGAGGGAUAGUGCGGAUUUCUUGUGGUGGAAAGACAUCUAGUUCGAUUUUUCCCACAUGACUGAAGUCCCAAGCCAAAGCAGCUUCUCGAUUCUUCAGGAUGUGGGUGAAAAGGUCCCGUUCUUCGGGGCUGAGAGUGCUUUGAACGCCUUCCAGCAUAGCUUGAAGACGUUCUGGGCAAGACGCUUGAUCUUCCAUUUGGGAUUUCCCUCCGGUUUUGACCCAUCAGAAGGUACAUCAUCACUGCUGUACGACAAGGCAGGAUUGAUCGAAGAAAGAAAACACACCCUUCCCCCUGGAAUGGUACUCACUUUCCCGCAUAACUCAAGCCCCCGCGACUCCUCAGUUUCCCACGUGUCCCCCGAAAAUGAGAGAUCCUCUCGCACCCAUCACCAUGCCAAGAACAUCAACAGCGUCAUCCGGCAAAAUGCCGCUGAAGUUGCAUCGCGUGCUGACACAAGAGGAAGGCUAGGUAGAACAUCCUCACCCCGCAUCUCCGAGGUCCGUGCCUCCAAGUACAACCAAACUCAAGACGUACCAUACCACAAAAACUGUUACUUUGAUCCCACUCUGUUGAGAGGUAUCAAGCCAUGCCAUAGCCUGGUUCUCGCUUCUCGCUUGCGCAACUGGGACUUUGGCAGUUUACCAUCAAUGCGACGAAAGUUACGCGGAUCCGACGAAACAAGUGGAAAAGCAAUAAAAAUACACCCUGACAUGCUGCCGUCUGCCCUGUGCACUGUCUGUCCCCCUCCCCUGCGGCGCUCGGCUUUGGAGGUCCUUCGCGCUUAUUUCUGGCCUGACCUAGCUUUCGUACGACUCGGUAGCCUCGCACGUUUCGCUCGCUGGCUCGCUACCAGUUACGACGGCUCGGAAGAACGGAAGCCGGCUGAGGUUUCAACUGAUGAAGCUGAGUGA